UAUAACCUCCAAAAAUAUCUCUUUUUUUGACUAUCUUGUUCUCUCUCGUACAAAUCUCAACUUUCCAAAAUCACCAUCUAUCAAAGAAGAGAAAGAAAGGAAUGGAUAAACUACCAAUAUGUGAUGCAAAUUAUGUAGCUCUUACUCCCCUCACCUUCUUGAAGAGAGCUGCAGCCGUUUAUUCGGAUCGUGCAUCGGUCGUAUACCGCAACGUCCGUUUCACAUGGGGCGAGACCUACGAACGGUGCUGCCGCCUCGCCUCCUCCCUCAUCUCGCUCAAUAUUGUGAACAAUGACGUUGUAUCCGUGUUGGCGCCGAAUAUUCCGGCACUAUACGAGAUGCAUUUCUCCGUGCCAAUGGCCGGCGCGGUGCUCAACGCGAUCAACACGAGGCUUGAUGCCAAAACCAUCGCCACGAUCCUCAAGCAUUCCGAAGCCAAGAUUUUCUUCAUUGAUUAUGAGUUCGUGCAAGUAGGGCGGGAUGCGCUGAAGCUUCUGAUGGCCAGCCUACAGCCGGCGGAGGUGGCGUCGAUGCCGUUGGUGGUGGUUAUCGACGACAUUGACAGCCCGACAGGGAUCCGCUUUGGCGAGCUGGAAUACGAGGCGCUGGUGUCGCAGGGGAAUCCGAAAUUCGUGCCAGAGGAGAUCGCGGAAGAGUUGAGCCCAAUCGCGCUGAAUUACACCUCCGGAACGACGUCGUCGCCAAAGGGAGUAGUGUACAGCCACCGCGGCGCGUACCUGAGCACCCUCAGCCUCAUCCUCGGCUGGGGAAUGCAGACAGAGCCGGUGUACAUGUGGUCCCUACCGAUGUUCCACUGCAACGGCUGGACUUUUACGUGGGGUGUGGCGGCGCGCGGCGGCACCAACGUCUGCAUCCGAUCCACCACCGCCGCUGAGAUGUACGGCGCCAUCUCCGCCCACGGCGUCACGCACAUGUGCUGCGCGCCCAUCGUCUUCAACAUCCUACUAGACGCUGAGCCGCGCCGCCUCUCCGCUCCGGUGGAGAUCCUGACCGGCGGCGCGCCGCCGCCGCCGGCUCUCCUGGAGAGGAUCGAGAGCCUGGGAUUCCAUGUGGUGCACGCGUACGGGCUGACGGAGGCGACGGGGCCAGCGCUGGUGUGCGAGUGGCAGAAGAAAUGGGACCCUCUCUCGGGCGAGGAGAAGGCGGCGCUGAAGGCGAGGCAAGGGGUCAGCAUACUGACCCUUGCUGACGUGGAAGUCAAAGAUCCGACUACAAUGAAAAGCGUUGCGCGCGAUGGCAAGGCCAUGGGUGAGAUCGUGCUGCGUGGGAGCAGCAUCAUGAAAGGGUAUCUCAAGGACGAGAAGGCCACGUCAGCAGCUUUCCGCAACGGGUGGUUCUUCACAGGAGACGUUGGGGUAAUACACACCGACGGCUACGUGGAGAUCAAGGAUAGGUCAAAGGACGUGAUCAUCUCUGGUGGGGAGAACAUCAGCAGUGUGGAGGUGGAGGGGGCGCUAUACAAGCACAAUGACGUGGUGGAGGCGGCUGUGGUGGCGAUGCCGCACCCCAAAUGGGGAGAGAGCCCCUGCGCUUUUGUCAAAUUGAGGGACUCCGCCGCCGUCAAGGAGGCCGAGAUCAUCCAGCAUUGCCGAAAUAACCUGCCGCAUUUCAUGGUGCCCAAAGCAGUGCAGUUUAUGGAUGAAUUGCCCAAGACUACGACGGGGAAGAUUCAGAAGUUUCAGCUCAGGGCUAUGGCGAAAACGAUACCGGCUCAGACGGAGAAGAGGAAGUCACCAGUACACGAUCAUCAGGAGCAACUUCUUGCUUUGUCUCGUCUCUGAUGAUCAAGUUGAAGAUUAUAUUUUUGUGAAGUUUAGAUACAAGAUCAAGUUAUACGGUUAAGUUAUGGAUGUCUUGUAUCUGUAAUAAGAUAUGUUGGAAUCGUUGCGGU